GGAUUCCGUAAAGCUUUCGAGGUCGUGCUACGUCUCGGUCGCAGACUCGGACAUGCAAUGUGCAACUCAAGAUCUCGAAUGUACUGAGCCUCCAACAUGACACAUCUGUUGCGAGGAAAGCAGGCCGGCAUACAGAAUGACCUGUCGUUGGGCAUAACUCCCGACCAGUUCGUUGUUGACGAUAUCAGCCGCUAUGGAAUCAACUCGCAGACUUCAGUCAUUGCAUACGAUCCCGUGCAGGGCCUACUGGCUCUGGGCACUAACGACACAAAAUUCGGGCCUGGUCAGAUCUAUGUCUUUGGAAACAAACGCAUCACCGCUGUCCUUCCCCUCCAGCGAAGGGCAUCGGUCAAGAUACUGCAGUUUUGCGCCGACAAGCUGAUCUGCCUCGAUUCGAGGAAUGAUCUCUCCGUUUACUCCCUUGAGGCGAAGAAGUUUAUAUCAAGCUAUUCCCCUCCAGGAACCGUCACUGCCUUAUGCUCGGAUCCGAUGUUAGAUUACGCCAUUCUUGGGAUGCAGAGCGGUGAUGUUCUCGCGUAUGACCUUGACAGGGAGAGCAUGGCUCCAUUCAAAUUGCCUAGUUUCUGGGGCGAGAAGAACCCAAAGGCUCGCAUUUCACCGAUAGUGUCCUUGCAACUCCAUCCUAGAGAUGUUGGGAAGCUCUUAAUCGGUUAUGCAUCAGGCGCCGUUAUCUACUCCUUCAAGCAAAAUGCACCGCAGAAAUUCUUCGAAUACGAAAUACCUCGAGGCGCGCCUGGGGGCGAUGCAGAUCCAGCACAUACCACUGUUGUUCGACAUCCACUGCUGACCCAGGCUGUAUGGCAUCCAACAGGCACUUUUGUGCUCACCGCACAUGUGGAUUCUAGCCUAGUCUUUUGGGAUUCGAACGAUGGAAGGGUGGUCAUGGCACGUUCGCUGGAGGAUACAAACGUUAACGUGCCCGUUUCUAAUGCGUACAAUCCAAGCCAGCAGCAUAGUAGAAAAGUACCGUAUUCUAAGAUUGCGUGGUGCGCGAAUCAGGAUCCAGACGACACAGCAUUACUUGUCUCAGGUGGCACGCCUGAAGAUGUGCCGGCACAGGGUUUAACGCUUCUUGAAUUUGGCAGAACCCCAAACUACACGACAUCAUCUUGGGAAGUUCUUUCUCAACAUCUGGCAUCCCCCAAGCGCCAACGGAUCCUUCCAACUCCUCCAGGAGCCACGGUAGUGGAUUUCUGUUUGAUCCCUCGAACCGAUCCGCACUUCGCUGGUGCUCACGAUCCCAUUGCAUUGAUUUGUCUGCUGUCAUCGGGUGAAAUUCUCUCGAUGAGUUUUCCAAGUGGGUAUCCAAUAUCCCCAACCAAUCAAUUGCCACUCUCAGUGACCUACGUACAUCCAUUUAUCACCUCUAUCCAGCUUUCGCCUGUCGAACGAAGUCAAUGGCUUGGAUUAGUAGAGAAGCGAAGUCACGGCCCCAAGUUUGUAGAGGGUGGUGCAGAGGCACCCAGGCCAAUGAAGCGUUUUGAAGGAAGGAACAUUGUGCAAACGGCGCAUGCUGACGGAACAGUGCGUUUGUGGGAUGCUGGUCACGGAGACGAGAUCGAAAACGACGCGUUGAUCCAAGUCGACGUCGAUCGCGCCGUGGGACGUCGUGGGGGUCUAGAUAUAACUAAGAUGAGCUUCUCUGGUGCGAGUGGGGAGUUUGCGGCCGGAACUCGAACUGGUGAGGUUGCAAUCUUCCGUUGGGGCCAUAAUAGGAACUUUGGACGGGAGCCGCCGCCGCCCGAAGGUAACAACCCCGGCGGUCUGACCAACAUACAGGACAGGACCGAUCCUUCGUUAAGCGAUGGCUUCUUACCACUCACACUGCUUGAUAUGCAAAAUGGUCCCUGCACAGCGCUCAAGGCGUCCGAUGUUGGGUUCAUCGCAGCUGGGUUUGAGGGGGGUAACAUUGCUGUUAUCGAUAUGCGCGGGCCAGCAGUGAUCUAUAAGGGCAAUGUACAAGAAUUCGCUAGUUCGGGUCGCGGAGGUAGUCUACGUCGCUCAAGUCUCUCUGGUCCACCGAAGGGGACAUAUGCGUCAUGCGUCGAGUUCAGUGUCAUGACUGCGGAGGGAGACUCGUUUUCGAGUUUGCUUUUGCAUGUCGGCACGAACAAAGGCCAUGUAGCAACAUUCAAGAUCAUUCCCGAACAAGGCGGACGCCAUGGAGUCCACUUUGCCGGAGCCGUGGCUUUUGAAGACCGCGUCAUUCGUAUUUCUCCGAUCAACGCACAAACAGGCGCAGCGGCAUACGCUACGCAGAACGCGUUUGGCGGCUUGAGAAAUGGCUACAAGGUCAACGGCGUGCUAAUUGCAGUCACGGCGACAGAAGCGCGCAUAUUCAAACCAGCCACAAGCAAAGGAGCGCAUAAAAGCUGGGACGAAUUCGCGUGCAUGUCUGCAGCGGUCUCUAGGUGUGGCGACGGAGGUUAUGCGCUCGUGACUGCAUUCCAAGACGGAAUCGCGCGAGCGUUUGCAAUCCCAUCCUUGAAGGAGAUUGCGUCCGCAAGGAUCGGAGAUGUCCUCGAUCGCAACAGGCUCGACGAAGCCAUCAUUACGGAGACGGGCGACAUCUUCGGCUGGACAGGUCCAUCCGAAACGGCCAUGCUCAACGUGUGGGGAAGCGGACUCGUCAUCAACCGAAACAAAGACACGAUAUUCAAUCCCGAGCUCGUCAUCCCGCCGCGGCCUACCAUCUCCAACUUCCAGUGGAUAUCCGGCUCUCAAUACGUGACACCCUCGGACUUGGAUCUGCUGAUCGGCGGUCCUGAUCGUCCGCCUUCGAAGCGCAUGAUCGCUCAGGCGCGAGCCGACGAGAUUGCAGCGAGGCAGGCUGGUAGGUCGAAUCAACAAGCUGGAGGCCAGGACCAGGGCUAUUGGGCAUACAUGCAGGACCAGAUCAACCAAAGGACCCAGAAUCUAAGUUUGAUGGGCGAUUCUGUGAACAAAUUGGAGGAGAGUAGCGCCAGUUGGGCAGAACAGGCUAGCAAGUUUGUCGCUCAACAGAAGCGAAACAUGGUGUUUGGCGCUAUGAAAUCAAAGUUCUUCUAGUGUCAGGUGUACGGCCCACCCUGAAAGAUCUGGGGUUAGGAUUAUCAUGGGUUCGACCUCACAAUGGCAGAUGGCUCAUUUGCAACACGUGUGCGACAAGUUGUUUUUCGUUCUUAAAAGCUUCAUAUUAUGCCCUUUUGUGACGUUAUCUACGUUCAAAUACCCGUACAUGCAGAAACACCAUCCAAUGCUCGAUCAUUAUUGCGUAAAGAAUCAGAUGCUCUCUUC